AUGGGUGUCGCCAUUUCCGCUUUGCGUGCCCAAAUUGGCGCCGCCGACGACGAAGUCAAGAAGAAGGCUGAGCAGAAUCUCGAAGUCCUCCAGAAGGCUGUCGACUCUCAGCUGAACGAAUUCGAGUCGCAGUUGGACGCGAAGUUCAUGAACCCCGCCGGUACCGAGAAGAUCGAGGUGCCCGGUAUCCGUGCCCUCCGCAAGGUCAGAUUCUCGAACGUGACUACUUCCAAGGUCCCCAGCGAAGAGAUCUCGGGCGCCAUCGACACAUUGUUCAGCAUCGGCGGCGAGGGCGUCGAUACUAAGACCGCAGUCACGGGUGGCUUCAAGAAGGUGGUCACCGGCGCUCUCAAUGCCUUCAUCGGCAACGGUGAAGCCGGUCAGCACACCGAGAACAAGUAUUUCAUCUACAUGCAGCACAACGCGAUCGUGCGUUUGGAUCUUCGCAUGUGGCGAUGGAAUUUCAGCGGCAAGGGCUUCAACGACGAGCACGAGACCGCCCUCGGCUACGUCGUCUGCACUUCCAUCGUCGACGUCGGGGUCUUGAGGACAAGCGAAUUCGUCUUCCUGAUCAGCGAGUAUGCCGGCGACUCGGAGGAAGAGGGUGUCAAGUACAUCACCAAGAUGGAGAAGCUCUAUGAGCGCGCUCGUCUCAUGAAGCUCAAUGAGGUUCGACAGGAGAGGCGCGCUCUUCUCGACAUCAACGACCCCCUUGAUUAG